AUGCCCUCUGAUUUCAUAUCCCUCCUUAGCUCGGAUAUCGACCUCAAUUCCCCUAAAUCUCUAUACUCUAAAGAGUCGGUAUAUGACCUCCUCCCCAAAGAACUCCAGCUCCAGCCGUCGUCCACCCAGACCGACCCACCCACCAUGAGCCAGAAGAGUGGGGGAGAGGCGGGACCUCCCCCCUCAGCCGCCUUGGCAUCAGAUGCCACCUCUUCCACCUCCAGCCCCUCGGCCUCCUCCUCCUCUCCGGCCAUUGGCGCGCCAUCCUCUGGCCCCUCUACCUCAUCCUCAGACCACCUCAAGGUUGCCCAGCAUCUCCACUCCAGCGGAGGAGAUGGAGCUGGAGCUCCAGAGAUGGAGGGAGCCGUGUCUGCCCACGGCAGAGGCGGCCUCGGAGCGAACGCCGCGGCGGGGGACUCGGGGUCCGGAGGCGCCCUGCCGGGGUUGGGGGUCCAGCAGCCGCAGAACACCCCGUCGAAGCGGAGGCCCGUGUUGAGCAUAUCCCCGCCGCCCGAGGACCUGUUCGACGACAGCCAGAUGUCCUGCCAGGAGGAGCCCGGCGGCUCCGCCGCGCCGGGCCCGGACUCGGAGCACAGCAGCAGCAUGUGGGCCGACGACUCCGUCUCCAACUUCAGCCUGGUCAGCUCCACCUCCUACAACGACAACACCGAGGUGCCGCGCAAGUCCCGGAAACGCACCCCCCGCCAGCGGCCCGGCCCCAAGCCGACCCCCCCGGAGGACAGCAUGGAUGUGUUUGACGCUGACAGUGCCAAGGCCCCUCACUUUGUCCUGUCCCAGCUGGGCACAGACAAGAACAGUCCCAUGGCCAGCUCUCUUGAGUCAGGGAGUGCAGUGAAAGGUGGGUCGCUGUCUGCUCAGUUCCCCCAAAGGAGUGAUGGAAAGGAGCUGAAGAUCUUGGUUCAGCCGGAAACGCAGCACAGAGCCCGCUAUCUGACCGAGGGCAGCAGAGGCUCAGUCAAGGAUCGGACGCAGCAGGGAUUCCCCACCGUCAAGUUGGAAGGCGUGACUGAACCAGUUGUGCUGCAGGUAUUUGUAGCGAACGACGCCGGCAGGGUGAAGCCGCACGGCUUCUACCAGGCGUGCAGAGUGACGGGACGCAACACCACCGCCUGCACAGAGGUGGACAUCGAGGGCACCACCGUCAUUGAAAUCCCUCUUGAGCCCAGCACUAACAUGACUCUAGCGGUGGACUGCGUUGGAAUUUUGAAGCUGCGCAAUGCAGAUGUGGAGGCCCGUAUCGGAAUGGCUGGAUCCAAAAAGAAGAGCACACGUGCCAGACUGGCCUUCAGAGUGGCAAUCCCCCAACCUGAUGGAUCCACGCUCACUUUGCAGGUCCCCUCGUCCCCCAUCCUCUGCACUCAGCCAGCAGGCGUGCCAGAGAUCCUGAAAAAGAGUCUUCACAGCGGCUCAGUGAAAGGAGGAGAGGAAGUUUUCAUAAUUGGGAAGAACUUCCUCAAAGGAACCAAAGUUGUUUUUCAGGAGAACAUUGCAGAUGAUAAUUCUUGGCAAGCUGAGGCAAAAAUAGACAUGGAUCUCUUCCAUCAGAAUCAUUUGAUAGUGACGGUCCCUCCAUUCCACAAUCAGUCCAUCACUUCUCCCGUUUCUGUGGGAAUCUUCGUGAUGACCAACGCUGGUCGAUCACAUGACGCCCAGCCUUUCACCUACACUCCAGACUCGGAUGCCAACUCAAAUAUUCAGUCAGUAAAAUCAGAGGCGGCCUCCCUGGUCACAACGUGUAUAUUUGACAGUCAGAUGAAGCCGAUGUCCACCGAGCAAACGGACUCGUCUGGCCUGCCUUUCAAACAAGAGGACACACCAAUGGAGGUGUCCAGCAAUCCACCAUCUACAGACGUCUUCAAACCGCCCCCUGACCCGCUCAUCCCAGUGCAGCCGACCCUGGAGCUCACCUCUAAUCCAGUUCCAGGUGGAGAGUCCUAUCAGACCCCGAUGCCCCUCCAGCCCGAAGACGUGGAGCUACCGCAGGCCCCCCCAGUCUUCCCCAGCUUAGAGACUCUCAGCACCAUACAGAAGCAAGAGAUUGCCCCCACAUCGUCCUUUCCCGUGUCGGGAGACACCACGAUCCCCCCCGUGACACCAGACGUCCCUCAGCAGUUCCUCAGGGACCCUCAGGAAAGCCUGCCACCUGACGGUUCGAGUAACAGCGGCGGGGUUGUGGUUGUCGCCAUGCCGCAGAUAGCAGCUCCCACUCAGCCACAGACGCAGCAGCCGCAGGUGUCCCUGUUCCCCCAGGAAGGCGUGGCCCAGCUCGAGAGGGCGGUGAGGGAGCUGCAAGCCGGCGGCAACCCCUCCCUCCACCAUGUGUUCGAAGCAGCCGUAGCCCAGCAGCAACUGAACUCUGUGCUGUACAGCCCCACGCCUUCCGCAGACACCCUCCAGCAGCACGUCCAGGAGAACAUGAACAGCCUUAGGUUAGGAACGACGGACAACUCGCUCUCGGCACAGCAGCAGCUGCAGCAGCAGCAGCAACAGAUACAACAGCAGUUUCAGCAACAGCAGUUGCAGCAGCAACAGCAACAACAGAUCAUGGGGAAUCUUCAGCAGCAGCAACAUCUCCAACAGCAGCAGCAGCAAGUCCUCAGCAACAUGCAGAUCCAGCAGCAACUGAUAUUACAGCCACAAGACCAACAGCAGCUGCAGCAGCAGCAGAUCAUGGAGAACAUCCAACAGCUGCAACAGAAUCAGCAGCAGCAAGUCCUGAACAGCGUCCAGCUCCAGGAUCAGCAACAACAAAGUCAAAUUCUCUCCAAUUUACAACAACAUCAGCUGCAGCAGCAGCAACAGCAGCAGCAGCAAAAUCAGGCUCUGAGCAACUUGCAGCAGCAACAGCAGCUGCAGGAGCAGCAGGUCUUGGAGAACUUGGAGCAGCAGCUUCAGGCCGAACUGCUUCAGCCUCAGAUCCACACGUCCUCCCCGGUGCAGCAGCCCGUCUCCCUCCUGCAGCAAGCAGGGGAGCUGCUCACCAUCCAGACCAGCUUCCCAACGCAGCCCCCGUCUCACACAUCUCCCCCACAGCAGCUCUUCCAGUCGCCCAGGCCCCUCGCCGAGACGCAGGGCUCUCAACAGCUGCUCCAGAACACACUGACUGUUUUAACCGGCGGGAGUCUCAGCUCGGAGCAGCCGUCCGCGGGAUCGACGCUGUACCUGUCCCCGAACCCUCAGCCGCCACAGCAACAGCAGCAGCAGCUGGCGUUCAUCUCCUCCAUGGAUACGUCGGCCAAUCAGCCCCAGCCCGUCAGCAUGUUCCAGAACCAGCCCCAGGGGCAGCUUUCCCAGCUGCAGCCGCAGAGCACGCCGAUGGAGCAGCAGCAGUCUCCACAGCAGAGCCAGCAGCAGGCGGCGCAGCUUCCGCUGGGCCAGCAGGGCAGCUUAUUCCAAAAUAUCCCGACCCAGUCAAACCCGGUCCCCCAGAGCCAGCUCUCACAGCCUCAGCAAACCGGCCUGCUCCUUUGCACCACGGAUCUCAACCCCCAAGCGAUUCCCCCUGCCAUUCUUUUCAGCACCCAGGCGCAAGGCCCCGCCCCUAUGGGGGGCAUUAGUGUUGGGAUUCCCCAGCCCGACGCCGCCGAACCCAUGUCUUUCCAAGACCAGAGCUUGUCAGGAGGCAACUCGGCGUCCGCCGAAGGCCAACAGCAGAGUUUGUUCCAAGAGCAGCAGCCGAUGCAGGUCGGUCCGAGCCCCAGCCGCGGCCCGAGCAGCCAGCCCGUGGAGCUGUUCCUCCCACAGACCACUCUGUCCACUCUGCAGGGCAACAUGGGCUCUCAGGAGCUGAGCAGCCGGGCCCCGGCGCCUGGAACCACCAUCUUCGUCGUGCAGGGCAGCGUCGGUGUGGUAGCGAGAGCUGGCCAGCAGCCUCCCGAGCAGCUUUUCCAGACAUCUGUGGGCGGCAAUGUGGCGCCACAAGGACAGGCCAACCUGUUUGUCUUUGGCAUCCAGAACGAUUCGUCCCAGUUGCUCAGCUCUUCUGGACCAGUACAGAACCAGACCCAGAACUCCAGUCACAUGCAGCCUCUGCUGGAUCAGCCAAUGGCCCAAGGUGCCUCCUCAAUACCAGCCUCCAUGCACAACAACCUUCAGAACACCCUGCAGGCACGGAUGCAGUCCAGCUUAGAGAACGCGAUGCAGACGAACGCGCAGCCCGACCUGCAGCCCGGUUUGCAGGCCAGCCUAGAGACGAGCCUGCCGACCCCGAUGCAGACCAGCCUCCAGACGCAGAUGCAGACCAGCCUACAGAAUCAGCUGCAGGCUUCUAUAUCUGCGUCUUCCAGCAUGGAUAAGAUUGAGGACAUACUGGAAAGCCUGCAGAAGCAGUGAUGUACGUUUCGGACCAUGUGGGCACUAAGGAGAUGGAGUGACAUGUAGCUGAGAGUUAUACAUCCCAAAUUCAAGAAUCAAAACUGAAAUACGUGGUUGUUAUGUGCCAGUGCCACUAAAUCUACACAAUUUUAGAUAUUUAAGAUUAUAUAACCCCCUUUUACUAAAAUCCCAAAACUAUGAGCUCAUCCGACUUUUGGUUUUUAUGAAAUAUUUAUCUUUACUCAUAGCCUCUGUCCAUCCAUUGAAUCUAUGAGUCCGCCUUUGUUAUUACCCCUCUUGCAGGAUCUGAGAGGCCUGUAAUAACUGCUUUAUCCAUCAGUCUGAAAAUGCAGUGUUUUCUUGUCAGAGUGUUUUUGUUUGUUUGGUUUUUUUUAAAUGUGAGCCUAAGAGAUGAAGAUGACAAUGUUUGGCGAGGAAACUGGAAAGAGAUAACGAAUGUCAGCAACAGGUGUAUGUUAGAAAUAGUCACGUGAUGGAGGGUAGGAGCAGGCAGAGUAGAUAAUUUUAAAGAAAAAAGAAAAAAACCGCCAGCCUUGGAGUGAAUAUCAGAUUGCACAUACUUGUCGGAUAAAGGCUGAAUCUCAUUCUGUGAGUGUGUAAACUCCCAAGCCUUUCAACUGAGAAGCGGAGGCUGCGAGUGGCGUUCAGCACGCGGAGCCACAUCCCAAAUGCGAAAAAAAGAUCCGGCAUUUAAAAAAAAAAAAGAAAAAAACGGGGUGGAAAUCAUCCAGCUUGCAACCCUUCAAUUUAAAAAUCAAACCUUGUGUUUGUGAAUGUCAACAACUUGACUAAAAUCUACUCUGAGAGUACAGAUUAUGAGGACGUGGAAUUCUUUGUAGAAUCAAGUGUUAAUGUUUUGUAGGAUGUUCGGCCGAGGGGCGCCACAAGUCUCCAUCGGAGGAGGGACCGUGAAACAUUGGCAUUCGACCCACUCCACAAACAUAAAAUGAAACUCGCUCGAAGAAACCCGGAGGCUCUUUUUUUUUUAUUUUUUUUUUUUUACUGCACAGGAGUCGUCCGAGUGCAGGAAAAGGACAGAAUAUUACACACUCGCUGAUGAGAUUCGACCUGGUGGAUAAUGUGACUCGGCCUUCCUCCCAGUGUUUUUAUAUGCUAAGGCCUCAUCACUGGGUUUGCAGAAGCUCUCUUGGUGAAUUUUUUUACAUGACAUUCAAUAUGUAGUGUGGUUUUUUUUUUCCUUCUUUUUUUUUUGUUUCAAAGAAGUCGAUAACCUUUUACCAGUUCAAUGUGGAUAGAAAGAAUCUUUCAACUUGUGAAAUAUUGAGUGUUGUGUGGUUUUUAUAAACAAUUUAUCUCAAGCACUUUAUAACCUCUUUUGUGUAACCUGCUAAUCCUUAUAGCCGUCCUCCACAGCUCUCUACUGACCCGGCUGAAUUUGUACUCAGAAACGUCCAGUCAAAACGCAGGGGGGGGGGGGGAACAACAAAAAAACAACAACUUAAAGCAGUGGUCUUUGUAAAAACAAAAAAAAAAACAUCUUGUCGGAAUAUUUUUUGAGGUCUAGACAACUUUGUAUAGAAGGUCUGCUCACUGUCGGAGUGGCCGGCGGGCCUUUGCUUUCCCAAAAUACUGACUCGUUUAGUUUGUACAUUGAAAUGAAGGAUUAUCUCUCUCUUUUUUUUUUUUUUUUUUUCCUCGUCGUACCGAUUCCUGUUCAGUCCGUCACUUGAGACCGUUUUAUUUACUGCGUCUUGUGUUAGAUGUGAAGUUCGUCGUCUCGGUGUGUUGGUAGCGUGUGCGGGUUGGCGCCGCGAGCGGUCGGCAUCCCUUUGGCGACGUGAACGGGGAGAUCACUGGCGAAAGAAAUCUGUUACAUAGAGGCCACCAUCUUUCUACUUACUCUGGUGCUAUUGUACAGGAGUGGGAUUGCACUUCUGCUGUGACGUUGGUUCGUGAGUUUCUACUUUCGAUAGCACUGACAUUUUGUUGUUUGUGGGGUUUAUUUUGAAGUCGAGUCUGCAGAGCUGGCUGAUGUUGCGUGGUCGGACUGGAGCGCGCCCGGGCAUACCAAAGCUCCCGUUUGUGAAUCGUCGCCGUUUUUUUUUUUUGUUUGUUUGGUUUUUUUUCUGUCCAACGCUUGCCCUCAUGAUGUUUACUCAUUCGUACUUAAAUUAUGCAGCUCUCACAAGGAUGGCAAAUCGGCUCGUUGUUUUACAAGAUUUUUAAAAGACAUGUAAAAGGUACUUUGUUCCAUGGAUCAGUUUGUCUCAUCAACAUUUCCACCGAUUUGAUACUUUGUAUUCGUCGUCACGUGACUCUAUUUUUUCACGCUGCUGUACUUUCCAUAUCUGACCGGAGCCAAUUUGGCGGUUAUCAAAAAAAAAAAAAAAAAAACACACACACACAAAAGCCAAAUUUUUGAGAAUAAU